UUGGGAUGAUCAUUCAACGUUUCAUUGCGUUGUCUUAAGCCUGUUAAAAAAUUAAAUAAUAAAAAAAGGAAAUAAAUAUAUACCAAGUAUUAUAAAGUAAAUGAAAUAAUAGAUCAAAAGAAAUCAGCUGGACAAGGGUCAAUUUUAUAAAAGACAACUAACUGGAUUAAAAGGAUCACACGUGAAUGAAAUACAUAUUUUAUUGUUAUUAAUUUUUUCAUCGUAUUUUGGACUAGUGGCAGUGCUUUUUGCUGCUGCUACCACCACCAUCAUCAUCAUCAUCAUCGCCACCACCACCACCACCAGAAGCACCACCACCACCACCACCAAUAUCAACAGCAACCAACGGUAGUUGUGUACAAGAAGAAGUCCCGGCUUCAAAGAAUGUCUCUUGAGUUCACACUCAGUCGCCAGACUUACUCCAACUGACAAAGUGAUUGAUUAAUUCAAAGACCCCUUUCUCUAUCUGGGUGUCUGUGUGUGUGUGUGCUAAAUUUUUUAUUUUUGGCGGGUAUAUUUUAUAAAACACAAUAUAAUUUAAUUAUUAUAUUUAUAGUGCUUUUUAUUUGAUAUAUUUGAAAUUAUUAUUAUAUAGAAAAGAAGAAAAGAAGAAGAAAAAAAAUUUAUCAGUGAUAAAAAACAAGUAUUGGUUCACGUGUUUCAAUUUGAAUAUAAUACAUUGGACUUGGUUUUUAAUAAAUUUUUUAUUAUAUUUAUUAUCUAUGAUAAGAAAUUAUGGAAUAAAGUCAAAAUUAAUUUGACUGUUAUUGGUUGUUUUUUGAUAAUAAAACUCAAGUGCAAAUAAAAAAAAAAAAAAUUAUUCUGGUGUUUUAAGAUAAUUGUCAGUGUAACAAGUAUACUUGAUAAAUUUUUUUUUACAAAUAACAAUUAUAGAUUUUUAAUAGUGCAACACAUAAAAGAAGAAUUAUUUUUAUUUAAUUUUUUUUUUUUUUUUUCUACACCACGUGUUGAUUUAUUUUGGAGUAAAAUUAAAAAAAAAUAUUUAAAAUUACAAAUAAAUAAUUAAUAAUUAAUAGUAACAAAUGAAUUUUUUUUUUUUUCAAUUUUUAAACAAAUGUAAUAUUUAUUAAUUUAAGUUUUAAAAGUAUAAUUUAUAUAAUAUUAUAAAAUAAAAAUAAGUAGGGUUACUGAGUAUUAUAUAUAAAGUAGUUUUUGGGGAUUGAAAAGAAAGAGAGAGAAAAAGAGAAAGAAAAUAAAUAUAUUUUCCAACGAUGGCGUAUGCAUUGGAAGAUGAGAAUAAAGAUAAAAAAAUUGAGAGAAAAAAAUCAGUUGAUGUAAUUGAUGUGCAAACACCACCACCACAACCACCACAAGCACCACCACCUGAUGGUGGCUGGGGGUGGCUUGUUGUAUUUGCAUCAUUUAUGAUCCACGUUGUCACUGAUGGAAUAACUUAUUCAUGGGGAACAGUUCGAAAAGAACUUGUAAAAGAAUUUCAAUAUUCUGAAUCAGUAACAGCAUGGGUUAAUUCAAUUCUCAUUGGAAUAACACUUUGUUCUGGACCAUUAUGCAGUAUAUUUGUAAAUAAAUAUGGUUGUCGAGCAGUAACAAUUGCUGGUGCAAUUCUUGGUGGUUUUUUUCUUCUCAUAAGUUCAUUUGCACCAAAUCUUUUUAUGCUCUAUGGUACAGUCGGCAUUGGAACAGGUUUUGGUUUUGGACUUAUUUAUUUACCAGCAAUUGUUUGUGUGAGUGUAUAUUUUGAAAAAUACAGAUCACUUGCAACUGGUAUUGCUGUUUGUGGAUCUGGUGCUGGAACAGCUGCAAUUGAUGCAUUACUUAAAUUUCUUGUUGAAAAUUAUCAAUGGCGAGCUACACUUCGUAUUCUUGCAUUACUUGUUGUACUUUGUAUAUUAUUUGGUUUAUUAUUUCGAGAAAUUGAAGUUGUUCAAGAUCCAUCUGAAAUACCAAUGCUGGAAAUUUCAGCAAUUAAUGAUAAUAAUUUAAAAGCACCACAUAAAAAUGGUUUAUCAAAAAAUGGUUUUGAUAGACCACAAAGUUUAAGUAAUGUUAAUCAUAAAAAAUAUUAUUUUCCUGAUUCUAAUAAUGAUUCAAUGAAAAUUGCAAUGAGUCAACCAGCACUAGCAAAACAUAUGUUACAUCCAGAACAUGGACAUGUUUUUGGUAGUGGUGUUAUGGAUAGAAAUGAUAUUUUUUUACAAGGAAGUGUUGAAAAUUUACGUGCACGUUCAGCAUCACUUGGUAAUAAAGAAAUUAAUAAAUCAUAUAAAAUGUCAUUGAGAAGUUUACCAAGUGGUAAAGGUUCACAAGAUAUUGAAAAAAAUGAUUGUUUACCAAAUACAAAAGAAACAUGUUCAAUAUUACAACGUAUGCUUGACAUAUCACUAUUUAAAGAUCCAGUUUUUGUACUAUUUGUAAUAUCAAAUUUUUGUACAAGUAUUGGUUUUAAUGCACCAUAUGUUUUUUUACCGGAUUUGGCUAGAAAAAAUUAUUCAUUAACUAUUUCAAGUUAUAAUAAUAUAACAAAUAUGACUGAAACAAUUGAAACUUUUAAAAUUAUGGGUCUUGAAGAUAAAAAUACUGAAUGGAUUGUUCCUGCAAUUGCACUUGGUACAACAUGUGGACGUAUUGUACUUGGAAUACUUGCUGAUCGACCAUGGGUCAAUCGUCUUCAUGUUUAUAAUUUGUGUCUAACAGUGUGUGGAGCUGGAGUAAUGUUGGGUGUCUGGUGUGUAACAGAAAUUCAAUUUCUUAUUUGUGCAUUUGUAUUUGGAUUUACAGCUGGUGCUUAUGUUGGAUUAACAUCAGUUGUACUAGUCGAUUUAAUGGGUCUUGAUCGUUUAACAAAUGCUUUUGGUUUAUUAUUAUUUUUCCAAGGUCUUGCAUCAUUUUUGGGUCUUCCACUUGCUGGUUUUUUGUAUGAUACAUUUAAGACUUAUGAUGCAUCAUUUUAUGCAGCUGGUGGUAUGAUUGCAGCAAGUGGUAUUAUGCUGAUUAUUAUACCAUAUUUACAAAAACAACAAAUUUCUAAAAACACAGAAAUCAUUGUCAGCAAUGCGUCGUAAACCUUUUUUUUUUUUCUUUUUUGAUAAUGUAUAAUGAAUUUUUCAAUAAAAUUGUAAAUAUAUUUUUUAAAAAUUCUAAA